AUGUUGGCUCGUUACGUUUUACCUGGGCACGCCCGUCGAUCGAGACGAGACAUCAACAGACUCGCCAGAAGAUCCGUCAUGUCCGGUAAAGCAUCAGUUGCAAUGCUCCAGGAGCCACUUGCGGUUAACGAUCCCGAGAUUUUUCAAAUUAUCAAAAACGAGAAGAAUCGCCAGCGUCAUGGUCUGGAGCUCAUUGCAUCGGAAAAUUUCGCCUCGAAGGCUGUUUUGGAGGCAAUGGGUUCAUGCUUGAACGAUAAAUACUCGGAGGGAUAUCCAGGACUGCGAUACUACGGUGGAACUGAAAAUAUCGAUGCCCUCGAGCGGCUUUGUCAGAAAAGAGCGCUUGAUGUUUACAGAUUGAACAAGGAUGAAUGGGGUGUCAACGUCCAGCCCUAUUCCGGCUCACCCGCCAACUUCGCCGUUUUCACCGGCAUCGUCGGUCCCGGUGGCCGAAUCAUGGGACUCGAUCUCCCCGACGGUGGUCAUCUCACCCACGGUUUCUUUACUCCUCAGAAGAAGAUAUCUGCCACUUCUGUUUUCUUCGAAUCCAUGCCAUACAAAGCUAAUCAAACAACCGGACUGAUUGAUUACGACAAGUUGGAAGAAAACGCCAUGCUUUUCCGACCAAAGUUGAUUAUUGCCGGAAUGUCUUGCUAUUCUCGACAUAUGGAUUACAAACGAAUGCGAGCAAUUGCUGAUAAAUGCGGCGCUCUGCUCCACGCUGACAUGGCUCACAUUUCCGGCUUGGUCGCUGCCGACGUCAUUCCUGGUCCCUUCGAACACUGCCACAUUGUCACCACUACCACCCACAAAACCCUUCGAGGCGCCCGAUCAGGAAUGAUUUUCUACCGAAUCGGCGAAGGCUACAACCUGGAAAAGCCAAUCAAAGAAGCUCUCUUCCCUGGCCUUCAAGGUGGACCUCACAAUCAUGCAAUUGCUGGCGUGGCAGUUGCUCUUGGACAAGCACAGCGAGAGGAAUUCGUAGAAUAUCAAAAACAGGUCAUUCUCAACGCAAAACGACUCGCCAAGACUCUCCAGGACUUUGGCUACGAAAUUGUCACUGGCGGCACGGACAUCCACUUGAUCCUUGUAAAUUUGCGAAACAAAAAUCUGGAUGGAAACCGAGCGGAAAAAGUCCUUGAAGCAGUUCACAUCGCUUGCAACAAGAAUACUUGCCCUGGUGAUAAAUCUGCUCUUCGACCAAGUGGGUUGCGUUUUGGAUCUCCAGCGCUAACUACUCGAGGAUUGAUGGAAGAGGACUUCGAUGUCGUUGCCGAAUACAUUCAUGAAUCCAUUCAACUUACUCAAUUCAUUUGCGACAAGCUCGAAGGCGGCGCAAAGGCUCCUCUCAAGGAAUUCAAAAACGCCCUUUACACCGAUCCCGAAGUCCAGCAGCGAGUCAAGGCUCUUGGCGACAAAGUCAACGCUUUCGCCUCUUCCUUCCCGAUUCCCGGCCAUGCCGAAACAUAA